AUGGUGUAUACCUUCACGUCUGAUCAAGUCCUGCAGGCAAUAGUGACGGCUAUUGCAUGUGCCUUGGCCGGCAUCCCUGCGAUGUUCCCGAUUUCACAUAAAUACAUUCAAUUCUACAUGCUCGAGCCUCCCAUUUGGGCCGGUUUCAACUCUAUACUUGAUUUCAAGUCCUGUUUGUUGUUCUUUCUGCGAGGCGUGGUUGGCACUUGGCUUGCCACCGCCAUGGGUUGUCUCCUCCACCUGAUACUAUCUUCUAUUUGUGCCGCUUGCGGCAUUGAGUACUUCCAAAUUUGGGCUAUGGUCAUCGCCCUUCCCCUGACGUACUUCGUCGCAUUAUCUCAUCCCGAUGCAGGAUGUAAACUAUCGGAAAUCAUCAGCUAUGUCACGGCGAUUAUAUCCCUCUAUGUUCCCAUUGCCAUCAACAUCACUGGGCAUCCCUAUCUAGAGGCUCUCUGGAACGCCAUAUUGGUUUCCUAUGGUCUCCUAUGUGGGUUCAUUCCCGUAUUGGUCCUCUAUCUCCUCGAUUGGCUACCGUCACCAUCAGCAAAUCCCCUUCAGAAAUUCAACUCCGCCACAGCCGACUACUUCGACGUCCUCAGUGCCUACGUUGUGAGCGGCGCCGAGAACCUGUACACCAUAGAUGCUCAUCAUAUGAGCUAUGACAAGUCGCUAGUGGCUGCCAGCGCCUAUGUAAAGGACGACAAGUUGAGGAGCAUCAUCUGGCGUAUGGCAAGCGCGUUGUAUUCGUUGAGAAAAUCUAUCACGGCGGGCACUUACGAUGACGUUAUCGUUGAAGCACUAUGGAGGCCAAUGUCGGCGAGCUUACUAGAAUUACGAUCUCAGAACCGUGCGGUACUCCGAGCAGCUUCGGGUAACGUCCCAACAGCUGGGGAUGUGCCGAAUCUUAUGUCAACUGCGGUAAGAUGCAAAGAGAGUCUGAAUGAGGCUUCGAUGGUGAUGCGGAAGUCCAUCAAGAUGGGCACAGUGAAGGCGUUGGACACGGAGGGGAUCACUAGGUUCCACUUCGCGAUAGAGUCAAUCUUGAGAUACGCUGAGCUGGCAGAAGAGUAUUCAUCGGUGACGGCUCAGCUGAGGGGACGUGGAGUGGACCAGGACGAGGGAGAGGUUCGUUGGUGGGUCGCCUUGUGCACAGCUACGAAGGAGUUGACGUCCUGGGCCAAAGGCUGGUGGUCUCGUCCAGUUUUCUAUGAUGAUGGUCAGUCGCGGGCAGAGCAUCUCCUAUUCCCUCUGAAGGCAUCCCUAGCUACAACUAUCGCCAUCAUAGUACUCUUCCCAUGGGGUAAUAGUAACGCGAGUGUCAAUCGUAAGUUUCUGUGGAUCUACUUGGCAGCAUGCUACUGUGUUCUGCCAGUAGCAGGAGCGUGCCUGUUGAAGAUUGGUAGAAGUCUUGUCGGCCUCGUUGGUGCUCUCCUGUACGGCCUCAUAUGUGUAGAGGCGAAUCCGUUCAACCACGCGGCGUUCUUUCUGGAGCUCAUCAUAUUGGGUUUUGUCGGAGGCUUUGUCAAGGCGACGCCGUUGAGUUAUGCUGGCUCGGUGUUUAUACUCACGUGGACGAUUGUUGCCUUUACCCCAUCGGUGGCCUUGGGGGAAGCUGAGGGGGACAUCCUAUGGGGUUUGGGGUGGCGAUGUGCCCUCAACUUAGUCGGUAUGGGAAUCGCCUUUGUAUUCUCCUGCGUUUUCUUCCCUGUAUACGCCAUCUCGAGACUACAACACGUGUCGGCCUCAGCAUUGGAAUGUGCUGGUAACAGCAUUCAGGAUGCCCUUGAUCAGUUGGCCAGUGUUGGCUUGGCAGUAGAGGAAGAGGUUGCCUUGGAAGACGGCCGGGAGGAGGUCGGCCGAGAGUUGUCGGGCAUCUCGAAUCGUCGUGCGUCGCUGGUAGGUGAUGCCCAUGCGGAGGUGUCUGUGUUUGGCAAGCUCUUCAUGAGGGUCGCUUGUACGAAGUGCUUUCAAGUUCAACCAUUCAUAAGCGAAAUAACGACCGCGGCCUUGAGCGCUUAUGGAGCAACGACGGCAUGUGCGCUGAAGGAGAGCUCAUCAUCUCAGGGGUCGUUGAAGGCCUUGGGUCCUCAUCUCAAAGAGCUUAGUAUUGCUCUUGGAAGAUCUGAAGAAAGGAUGGUAACGGGCAUGUCCAUUGCCUGUCGAGACGCUACACGGGGAGCAUUAAAUGAUGAUGUUCAUGUGGAGAUGUUACGCUGUCUUGAUGCUCUUGAUGAGAGUAGAAGCUCCUUAGAUGGAGAUGAUGAUGACGGGGCUAGCAGUCUUUCUUAUGCUCUCUAUUCCCUCUAUCUGUUCAUCGAGGAAUGGGAGUACAUCGAGACGUUCUUGUUUGGUCACGACGAGAGCUCGAUGAGGGUGGUUGAGCUACACACUAGAGGUGUACCCGAUUUGUCGCCGAAUUCGGUGGGAGAUGUCGAGACUUGCGACGCUUUCCAUGUGUGA